ACUUCAAUGCCAAAACAAGCCCAACGUACCGGGACGACCUCAGAAAACACAGUGUGCUUCUGUAUUUUCUUCUUCUUCUUCUUCAUCGCUGCGAAUCACGAGGUAUUUUUGCCAUGGCAGAGGUUAAGAUGGAAAUUGGAAAUGACGGCGUUGCGGUGAUUACUAUAUCUAAUCCCCCAGUCAACGCCUUAGCUAUUCCGAUUAUAGCCGGGUUGAAGGAGAAGUUCGAUGAGGCUAAUAGAAGGAAUGAUGUGAAAGCUAUUGUUUUGACCGGCAAAGGAGGAAAAUUUUCUGGUGGUUUUGAUAUUAAUGUUUUCGAGAAAGUUCACAAGACUGGGGAUAUUUCGCUUUUGCCUGAUGUAUCUGUUGAUCUUGUGGUCAACACAAUCGAAGACUCAAGGAAGCCUAUUGUUGCAGCCGUAGAAGGGCUUGCACUUGGAGGUGGCUUAGAAUUAGCAAUGGGAUGUCAUGCCCGCAUUGCUGCCCCCAAGACUCAACUUGGCUUGCCAGAGCUUACACUUGGAAUUAUUCCAGGAUUUGGAGGCACACAACGUCUUCCAAGGCUGGUAGGGUUGUCAAAGGCUGUUGAAAUGAUGCUGUUAUCCAAACCAAUCUUGUCUGAAGAAGGGAAGAAGCUUGGCCUUAUUGAUGCCAUUGUUUCUUCUGAGGAUUUGGUGAAAGUAUCUCAGUUGUGGGCUAUAGGCAUUGUAGAGGGGCGCAAACCAUGGAUACGCUCCCUGCACAGGACGGACAAGCUUGGUUCCCUGUCUGAAGCUCGUGAGAUAUUGAAAGUUGCAAGACAACAAGCCAGGAAAACUGCUCCUAAUAUGCCUCAACACCAAGUAUGCCUUGAUGUGAUUGAGGAAGGUGUAAUUCAUGGGGGAUAUAGUGGAGUUCUAAAGGAGGCGAGGGAUAUGAAGCAUUUGGUUUUAUCAGAUACUGCGAAAGGUCUUGUUCAUAUAUUUUUUUCUCAACGUGCAACAUCAAAGGUGCCAAAUGUUACUAAUGUUGGGCUAAAACCAAGGCCUAUAAAGAAAGUUGCUGUUAUUGGAGGAGGUCUGAUGGGUUCUGGCAUAGCUACAGCUCUUCUGCUGAGUAAUAUUUAUGUUGUUCUCAAGGAAAUCAAUUCUGAGUAUCUUCAGAAGGGCAUAAAAACUAUACAAGCAAAUGUUCAAGGCUUGGUUUCAAAAGGGAAGCUCCCCAGGGCUAAUGCAGACAAGGUCCUCUCAAUGCUUAAAGGUGUUUUGGACUACUCAGACUUUAAAGAUGUUGAUAUGGUCAUAGAGGCUGUAAUUGAAAGCAUUCCUCUUAAGCAAAAAAUAUUUAGUGAAAUUGAGAAAAUCUGUCCAUCUCACUGCAUUUUGGCAACAAAUACAUCUACCAUUGACCUCAAUAUAAUUGGAGAAAAAACCACCUCUGAGGACCGCAUUGUGGGGGCACAUUUUUUCAGUCCUGCUCAUGUGAUGCCUCUUCUGGAAAUUGUGAGGACAGAAAAGACUUCAGCACAAGUAAUUCUUGAUCUUAUGACAGUUGGAAAAGCCAUAAAGAAGGUUCCUGUUGUGGUUGGAAACUGCACUGGCUUCGCAGUCAAUCGAACUUUCUUCCCGUAUUCACAAGGUGCUCUUCUUUUAGCCAGUUUAGGUGUGGAUGUUUUCAGAAUUGACAAGGUGAUCACCAAUUUCGGCCUCCCUCUGGGACCAUUCCAGCUUCAGGACUUGGCAGGAUAUGGUGUAUUUCUUGCGACUGCAAAAGAAUUUGUUAAUGCAUUUCCAGAUCGUACGUUUAAGUCACCAUUGAUUGAGCUCUUAGUGAAAAGUGGAAGAAACGGUAAAAACAAUGGAAAAGGAUUUUACCUUUAUCAAAGGGGGAGCCGGCCAAAACCUGAUCCAACAGUUCUACCAAUUGUUGAGGAGUCUAGACAGCUUACCAAUAUUAUGCCUGGUGGAAAGCCUAUAUCUGUUACAGACCAAGAGAUUCUUGAGAUGGUACUAUUCCCUGUGGUUAAUGAAGCAUGCCGUGUUUUGGAUGAUGGUGUAGUUGUCCGAGCAUCAGACCUCGACGUUGCAUCUGUUCUUGGGAUGAGUUUCCCAGCUUAUCGGGGAGGUAUUGUUCAUUGGGCAGAUAUGGUUGGGCCAAAGCACGUGUAUGCAAGUCUCAAGAAAUGGUCCCAAGCAUUUGGUAACUUUUACAAACCAUCAAAGUAUUUGGAAGAAAGAGCAACCAAAGGCGUACCUCUGAGUGCCCCUGCGGUGUCAUCCACAGCGUCAAGGUCACGGCUCUAAGCAAUAUACACAUACGAAUUCAUACUGUUUUUUUUUUUCCAGUCUUGCGGAUGUUCGAAAUAAUAAAAUUUUCUAUUAGCUCAUAAUAUAAUUCUAAAUGCAAUAACAAUUUGCUUUUUUCGA